AUGACCCUGCAGGCCUUAAGGAGGCAAGGGGGGAUUUUUGAACAAAUGGAUGGACCUGUGGCGCUCGUCAGCUCCGAGGAACUGGCUUUCAAAUUCGCUGUUAAUAAUAUCAACAGAAACAGGACAUUAUUGCCCAACACAACGUUAACAUAUGACAUUCAGAGGAUUAAUAUCUAUGAUAGCUUUGAGGCCUCCAGAAAAGCGUGCGACCAGCUGUCUUUAGGUGUAGUUGCCAUAUUUGGGCCGUCUCACAGCUCCUCAUCGAAUGCUGUACAGUCUAUCUGCAAUGCCCUGGAGGUGCCACACAUUCAAGUGCGAUGGAAACACCACCCGUUGGACAACAGGGAUACAUUUUAUGCCAACCUGUACCCGGAUUACUCUUCUCUUAGCUACGCUAUCUUAGACCUGGUGCAGUUCCUCAAGUGGAAGACAGCCACCGUGGUUUACGAUGACAGCACAGCCAAAGCCCAGAUGAUGGGGAUGAUGACAGAGUACUAUCACUACAUCUUCACCACUCUGGAUCUCAUGGCCAUAAACCUGGAGCCGUACCGCUUCUGUGGUGUCAAUAUGACUGGCUUCCGCAUCAUAAACGUGGACAAUCCUCAGGUUGCCUCCAUUGUGGAGAAGUGGUCCCUUGAGAGACAGAUUCCCCCAAAACCAGACUCCGGUCUCCUGGAAGGGAUCAUGACGACAGAUGCUGCUCUGACAUACGACGCAGUCCACAUCGUGUCGGUUUCUUACCAGCAUGCGCCGCAGAUGACUGUCAACUCAUUGCAGUGUCAUCGCCACAAACCCUGGAGGUUCGGAGGACGCUUCAUGAGUUUCAUUAAAGAGUCUCAUUGGGAUGGCCUGACGGGACGGCUGUGCUUUAACAGAACUACAGGUCUGCGCAUCGACUUUGAUCUUGAUAUUGUGAGUCUUAAGGAGGAUGGCCUUCAAAAGGUGGGGAAGUGGAGUGCAUCUGGGGGGCUGAACAUCACCGAGGUCCCCAGGCAGAACGGCAUGAACAUCACUGACUCGCUUUCCAACCGCUCUCUGGUCAUCACCACCAUCCUGUGUGCUUUACCUUGUUUCAGUGCAUCUGGGGGGCUGAACAUCACCGAGGUCCCCAGGCAGAACGGCAUGAACAUCACUGACUCGCUUUCCAACCGCUCUCUGGUCAUCACCACCAUCCUGGAGGAGCCAUAUGUCAUGCUUAAGAAGUCUGACAAGGCACUCGUCGGCAAUGACCGCUUUGAAGGCUUCUGUAUUGACCUGCUUAAGGAGUUGGCCAGCAUUCUGGGUUUUUCCUUCGAGAUCCACCUGGUGCCGGAUGGAAAGUAUGGGUUUCAAGAUGAUAAAGGCCAGUGGAAUGGGAUGAUAAAGGAAAUCAUGGAACACAGGGCUGACCUUGCUGUGGCUCCUCUCACAAUCACCUUUAUGCGGGAAAAAGCGAUUGACUUUUCCAAACCUUUCUUGAACACUGGCAUCAGCAUCCUGUACCGUAGACCCAACAGCACCAACUCUGGCUUCUUCUCCUUCCUGAACCCCAUGACCCCUGAUAUCUGGGUCUACAUCCUGUUGGCCUACCUGGGAGUCAGCUGUGUACUCUUCGUCAUCGCCAGGUUCAGCCCGUACGAGUGGUAUGAUGCCCAUCCGUGUAACCCAGGCUCCGAUGUGGUAGAAAACAACUUCACCCUCCUCAACAGCUUCUGGUUUGGCGUGGGCUCCCUCAUGCAGCAAGGUUCAGAACUGAUGCCUAAAGCUCUCUCUACUCGAAUCAUCGGAGGAAUCUGGUGGUUCUUCACCCUCAUCAUCAUCUCCUCCUACACAGCGAAUCUGGCCGCUUUCCUCACUGUAGAGAGGAUGGAUUCGCCCGUGGACUCAGCCGAUGACCUGGCCAAACAGACCAAAAUAGAGUACGGCGUAGUCAAAGAUGGAGCAACCAUGUCCUUCUUUAAGAAAUCAAGAGUGUCUACAUUUGAGAAGAUGUGGGCUUUCAUGAGUAGCAGGCAGAGCACGUCGUUCGUCAAGUCCAUUGAAGAUGGGAUCCAGAGAGUGUUAAAGUCAGACUAUGCUCUUCUAAUGGAGUCAACGACCAUUGAGUAUGUGACACGCAAAAACUGCAAUCUCACGCAAGUUGGCGGCAUCGUCGACAGCAAAGGUUAUGGCAUCGGCACCCCGAAAGGCUCGCCGUACAGGGAUAAAAUCACAAUCGCCAUCCUCAGUAUCCUGGAAGAUGGCCGUCUUCAUAUGCUCAAAGAGAAGUGGUGGAGCAGCAGCAGCUGUCUGGAAGACGAGCGGUACGAAACGGGUCCCAUGGGCAUCCAGAAUCUUGGCGGCAUCUUCAUUGUGUUGGCGUCUGGUCUGGUGCUAUCAGUGUUUGUGGCGAUAGGAGAGUUCAUCUACAAACUGCGAAAAAACGCAGAGCAUGAACAGGACUUUCUGCAGUGCGGUGAUGGAAGAGAUCAAACUGUCGUUCACAUGCGAGAGACGAGUGAAACGCAAGCUCCACCGCCAGCCGCCAGCCUUGGUGAAGACGGACGCAGUGAUCAACAUGCACUCUUUCAACGACCAUCGCCUGCCAGGAAAGGACAACAUGAGCUGCAACACCGCGAUGACGCCCGUGUUUCCAUGACUUGCCUGGGCGACGGCCACCUGAGGCACGUCCCCGGCGCCGUGCCGGAGAGCAGGGACUACGGCCCCGAGAUGAUUACGGCAUUCACCAUCAACCGCAGAGACAUCCGACACCAAAUGGUCAGUCAGAACGGUGGCGGUAGCAGCAAACCAGGUAGUGACCACAUCCUCAAACCAAUAUAUCCCACCAUGCCAUUGCGAGAGGGAGGCCGAUCGGUAUCCUUCCUGUGAGAGCGAGCCACGUCUGCAAAACUAUCCGCACCCGAGUCUGAUGUUUACAAACGGCACUCAAAAGUGAAGCUCACGAUCUGACUGGAAGGAGCCGCCCCGAUCAAACAAAAAUCUAUGUUUCUCAUCGGAACAAAGUGAAAAUGUGGAAAAGAGGCUUUUUUUUGAGCAUGGCAAUAAAUUAAACUACGGACAGAUGCGAAUGGAAGUAGUUUUCUUAGAGUAUCAUUUAUAGCACAUCAAGUUGAUUUCGAAGAGUUCUGACGAUUUAUCUUUUGAUUUCGUCAAAAUGCUGCGGCGUUUUGGUGGGGAUGCAACUAAAAAGCGAUGUCUCUCUGAAUGCGGUGUACAUUACAGGUAUGCGGCGGACCGUAGGAACAGUUUAGUUUAAUACGCUGUACCGCAGCAGCCCGUCUGACUUGCUAGAAUAGUAGAAAUCCCUUAGACUGCAAGUUUCCGAAGGCUACAGAGGGUGUAGUGGCAUCCUUCGCUCACGGAAAUGCACAAACAAACAGGGUUGAUUUCAUUCGAGCCACCUAAACAAAUUGAAAAACGAGUAACAAUUCUGUACGGCAGUUUUGAGCAAGACUUGCAGCCAUUUGGAUUUAUUCGUGCUUCAUACAUUGCCAGCAGAUGUUUCUUUUUUUUACACAGCGAGAUCUAAUGGUAAUGACGGAUAAACACAACAGUUGCCUAAGAUCUGUCGUCCAAAUGGAUUUAGACACUUGAAGUGCAGCUUCCACUGCAGACAAGAGAGCGAGUGACACGUUUCAUCCGCUGUGUUUGCUAAAUGAGUUAUUCCUGAGAAUCACAGCCCUCAUAUCAAGAAUACUCACUUCACACGGUACAUACAGAGGAUUCAACACCGACACAGAGCUUGCCGUAUGAUGGAGAGCUAAUACAAAGGAAACAAAACCGUUUUAGGAUGUACAUGAGAGAGAAUGUCUCUCGCCGUGUAUCUGUUCGACAAGUCAGCUAUGAUUACAGUGGCUUUUUCCAUCUGCAUCUGCAUCUGCGUUGAGACCUUUCAGUGUCAACUUAUUUGAAGUACAGAAUUUCUAAGUGGUGUGGCCUUCGUCAAAACAUUAAAUCAGAAAACAUCUGGAUGUUUUUUGGUUAUUAUUCCAUCUUUCAUUCUUGUUGUUAUGAGGUUUUUAACUAAAUUCUUACAUUACUAAAAACAAACUCAAUAAAUAUGCUUAAAAUAAUACGCUCAAACAGAAAAUCACCAAUAUAUAGUUCCAAAACCUGUAUUUUUUUUCUUCCCUAAGAACACAAAAUAAGAUGAUGGGCAGAAUGUUUCAUCUGUUCUUUCCAUACAAUAAAAGCUGGUGGUGAUUUAUACUGCCAAGCUUAAAAAUGGAUAAAAAGCAUCAUAGAAUUACUCCAACAUGAGAUGUCAAACCCUGGCUCUGCCCUGACGGAGAAGAUUAUCUUAAAUAAUGAAUUUCACAUUUUUGGCAUAUUUCUCUAGCCAUCAUGUAAUUGCAGAAUGCAUGUAGUUGUAUGUAAUGUUCAAGUAAAGACUAAUUUUAAAGCUUGUUUACA